AUGACUUCGUUCAACCCAUUACCGGCUCACGUCCAAGCUGCACAGGAUCACUUUUCAUCAGACGGUGUACCAACGCCAACUUAUAUGGGGAUGGUAGAUACUGGAGCUCAAUGGGACUAUAUUAUAGGCAAGGAUGGACGUCGUAGUCGAACACCUUCUAGAUCACCUCAUAGAUCGGCAACGGAACCAUCUAUACAUAAACCAUCGUUAUUAUCAGCCUCGCAAACAUCAGAUCAACCACCACUAGGAUCUUCCUACCCAGUCACAUCUGCUCAUCCUCACGAACCCACUAUAAACGAAGAAGCCGCUGCUGUCGUCUCGAAAAGUAUGAGAGGGCAACAAACCAAUGGAGAUGGAAUAGCGGUGAACGGAAGUAGUAACGGAUACAACGCUUCUGGCAGUUCGUCGAAAAAUAGUAGAAGCAAAACUAGAAUAGUCGGAGACUGGCAAUUGGGUAAAACACUAGGUGCCGGAAGUAUGGGGAAAGUCAAAUUGGCCAUAAAUGUUUUGACCAAGGAAAAGUGCGCCGUCAAGAUCAUCCCGCGGUAUACUGAAGCUACAAGGAAAGAGGAACCUAAAACACCUGAAGAAGCUGAAAAACAAAGACAACGUGACGAGUCGAAAGAAAUACGUACGGUCAGAGAAGCUCAUAUAUCGCUACUACUUCAUCAUCCCUAUAUAUGUGGUAUGCGCGAAUUCAUAUCUCAUCAAAAUCAUCAUUACAUGGUAUUCGAAUUCAUCGACGGAGGACAAAUGUUAGAUUAUAUAAUUUCUCAUGGUCGAUUAAGGGAAAGAGCAGCAAGGAAAUUUGCUAGACAGAUUGGAUCAGCAUUAGAUUAUUGUCAUCGAAAUUCAAUUGUUCAUCGUGAUUUAAAAAUUGAAAAUAUUCUUAUAUCGAAAAAUGGUAAUAUCAAGAUUAUCGAUUUUGGUUUAUCUAAUCUAUGGUCGCCCGAUCGACAUUUAUCAACUUUCUGCGGUUCAUUAUAUUUCGCCGCACCCGAACUGUUGAAUGCUAAAGCUUAUACAGGACCUGAAGUUGAUAUUUGGUCUUUCGGGAUAGUGCUUUAUGUGUUAGUUUGUGGGAAAGUUCCUUUUGAUGAUCAAAGUAUGCCUGCCCUACACGCGAAAAUCAAAAGAGGAGCUUGUGAAUAUCCUGCUUGGUUAAGUCAAGAUUGUAAACAUCUACUCAGUCGAAUGUUGGUCACCAACCCACUGGAAAGAGCGACUCUCACUGAAGUUCUCGCUCAUCCCUUCUUGACAAAAGGCUACGAUGGUCCACCCGAUUCAUGCCUCAUACAUCGAGAACCUCUACGUGCGGAUGAAUUAGACUGGGAAAUCGUCAACAUGAUGCAGGGUUUCACAUUUGGAUCAACGGAACAAAUCUACGAUGAUCUCAGAGCGGUCCUAACUUCCGACGCGUACCUAUCUUGCGUAGCCGCCCACGAAGCUAGGAAAGAUAGACGAAGGGGUCCUGCCAUGUCAACGUCAAGUAUGGAUGUUAGUAAUGUCACCGAAUCCCCCAAGAAGAAACGAUUCAGUGGAUUUGAUUUCGCUAAGAAAAAGCUAUUCAAAGAGGAGAGAAAGGUGGAAGAGCCAUCAAUCAAAGAAAAAGAACCGCUUGAUCCUACAAGAGGAUUCGAUCCUCUCAUCUCAAUCUAUUUCCUUGCAAGGGAGAAAGUGGAAAGAGAAAAGGUAUAUGGUAAAGGACAUUUCGCAUCAUCCAACAUGUCCAUCGAAGGUAAAGAAAGUCAAGGUUAUGGAAGACAAGUCGCUCAACUUCAAGCUCCCCCUUCAACUCAUGCCAUGGGAGGCUACGAAUCACCAAGAAAUUCAGGAUUCUUACCUCAGGCUAGACAAAGGACUGAAGAUGUGCCUAACCCAGUUAUGAAGCAUCCUGGAGCUGAUCAAGAACAGUCUAAUAUAGCCGAUAUACCUUCUGCUCACCAACGACAACCUUCUUUAAGUCAACCACCACUACCUUCCCAAACACUACAACCCAGCCCUAUUAUACCUGUUGACAACCGUGAAGAAAGCCUGACCAAGAAGUUCAGUCUACUUGGACGGGGACCUCGACCCUCCUCUUCUACAAUCCCCUCACGUGCAAGUUCCACCACCGCACCACUCUCUCAAAGCAUGACGCCAUCCCCUUCUAUGCCGUUCAGUUCGGCUAACGACCAUCGAAGAGCCACCACCGUUUCCGAUAAGAAUGACAAACAUGAAAGACGUGUCUCAGUUGGAAGCAUUUCUAACCUAUCUAGUACGGUAGGUAGAGCAACAGGUCUAGGUCGAAGAUCUUCACAACGUGAACGCAAACCGGCAACAGCUGAACCAGCAUGGCUGAAUACACCCGAAGAAGCUGAUGAAUACCAUCCUGCUCAAUCUUCCAUUCAACCCGAAUCGGCAAUCCUUGAACCUGAACCAGACAUUACUUCCGAAGGCGGAGGAAUUGAUCCCCACGCUAAUGGAGAAGUCAAAUCGGUAUAUCUCAAAGGCUUGUUUUCGGUUGCUACCACAUCAACUAAAUCUGCUUCCCAACUGAUUCGCGAUGUAUCAAACGUCCUGGAUCGUUUAGGCAUUAAACAUCGUCCUAUAAAAGGUGGAUUUGAAUGUGUUCAUAUACCUUCAAUCGAUCUGAACAGUGUACUCCAUGGUGACGAAGCGAAUACAAGUUUACAUUCUGUGAACACAACGAAAAGAAAACCUUCCUUGAGAAGAAAAUCAAGUAAACAGAAUGUGAAUGGAAAUAACAGCAACAAUAACCCGAGUAGGAACGUGUCACCUUCACCGGCAAGGGCAUUACAGACUGGCUCGAGUGGUACAUUCAGUGUGGGUGAUUCUACUGGUAUAAAUAACACACCGUCAACACCUGGCAAAAGAAACGUACAGGCUGGAGCAGGACCAGACGAAGAUGAAGUAGAUGCUUGGGCAAUAGCUCAAUCUGGUGGCGCAGGAAGCAACUUAAUCGUUAGAUUUGAAAUUUUCGUAGUGAAGGUCUCAUGGAUGCCGCUACAUGGAAUUCAGUUCAGGAGAGUAGGUGGUGAUGGAUGGCAAUAUCAAAUGUUAGCUAAAACGAUCUUGAGAGAGAUGAGAUUAUAG